AUGGAAGGCGAUGCUAUGCGGAAAUACUCACAACGAAAUGUGAAAAUUCCGAUUCAUGAGCGACCGUACAAGUGUCCACGAGAUGAUUGUGAUCGACGCUUUUCACGAAGCGAUGAGUUGACGAGGCAUAUUCGAAUACACACAGGGCAAAAACCAUUCCAGUGUCGGAUCUGUUUGCGGGCGUUUUCGCGAUCGGAUCAUUUGACUACGCACGUCCGUACACAUACUGGAGAGAAGCCGUUCUCGUGCGACGUGUGUGGCCGAAAGUUUGCACGAAGUGAUGAGCGCAAACGCCACACUAAGGUGCACGCAAAGUCAAAAUCGCGUAGGCCGAGUUUUUCUUCCGGAUUCUGUGGUCCAGCAUCUGGGGAUUCCAGUCAAAGCUCGGUGUAG